UGCAACUGUCACAGUCUGCCACCGGCCGGACGCUCGCCCAAAUCCAAAUCCUGGCGCCCCCCGAGAAGAUCCGAUGCGCAGACAUCCAUUCUCCAGCCAAGCCAGCCAGCCGUCACGAUGAUGCCAGCGCCGCUUCCGCUUCCGCCGCGGGCUCGUCUCCCCUCUCCUCCAUUGCCGCCGCCGCAACCCCGCCCAGCGUGGAACACCAACCGCAACCUGGUGGUGACACACCCCCUGCUCGCCCUCCUCGAGUCAUGCGCCUCCUUCCCACGCUUCCUCCAGCUCCACGCGCUCCUCACCGUCUCCGGCCUCGCCGCGCACCGCUUCCCGGCGUCCCGCCUCCUCGCCUUCUGCGCCCUCUCCACGCCACCCCGAGUCGACCACGCCGCCGCGAUCCUCGCGCGCGCCUCCGCCCCCAACGCCUACAUGCUCGCCACCAUGAUGCGCGCCUUCCUCCGCGCGCGCCUCCCGAGCCGCGCCUCCGCGCUCUUCCGCCGCGUCAUCCGCGAGAGCCUCCCCGCCGACGCGCGCACGCUUGUGUUUGCGAUCAAGGCCGCCGCCUCUGAGCACGAGCACCACUCCCCAUCCGGCGGCGAGGGCGUCCACUGCGUGGCCCUAAAGUGGGGGCAUGUUGCCCAGAGCGUGCUCGUGGGGAACGCGCUGGUGCACUUCUACGCUAACCACAGGUCGUUGGCACAUGCACGGAAUUUGUUCGACGAAAUGCCUGAUAGAGAUGUCGUUUCCUGGACGACGCUGGUGGACGGGUAUGCGCGGAGAGGGUUGGCUGACGAGGCAUGGCGAGUGUUUUGCAGGAUGGUGGUGGCAGGGGGGCUGCAGCCGAAUGAGGUGACGCUGGUUGCUGUGGUGUCCGCGAUGGGGCAGAUGGGGUUGCUGGCCUUUGGGAGGAUGGUUUAUCGGUAUGUCGCAGAUGGUGGUGUAGGUCGCAGUGUGAAUUUGGAGAAUGCCUUGAUCGAUAUGUUUGGAAAAUUCGGGUGUGCGGCCUCUGCCAGAGAGGUUUUCGACAGUAUGGCGGUCAAGGAUGUGUAUUCCUGGACGACCAUGGUCAAUGCCUAUGCCAAGUGUGGUGACUUGGAAAGUGCAGCUCGGUUGUUUGAUGAUAUGCCUAGGAGGAAUGCAGUUUCUUGGAGUUGCAUGAUCGCGGCUUACUCGCAGGCAAAUCAGCCUGAGGAAGCAGUGAGGUUGUUUAAGGCGAUGAUUGAAGAAGGAGUUGAGCCGAUUAAUGCUGGUCUUGUGAGUGUGCUUUCGGCAUGUGCACAGUUAGGUUGCUUGGAUCUUGGUAGGUGGAUAUACGAUAACUACGUCAUCAGUGGUAAGGCUGUGCUUACCGUGAACUUAGGUAAUGCAUUCAUUGAUGUGUAUGCAAAAUGUGGAGAUUUUGAUGCCGCAUCAAAAUUAUUUGCUGAGAUGGCAGAGAGGAAUGUAGUGAGUUGGAAUUCGAUGAUCAUGGCCCAUGCCGUGCAUGGUCAGUCUGAAGAAGUCCUUCGUCUCUUUGAACAGCUGAAAGGAACAUGUAUUGUGCCUGAUGAGAUAACAUUCCUUGGGUUACUUUCUGCUUGCAGUCAUAGUGGGUUAGUUUCAGAAGGACGGCGCUAUUUUAAAGAAAUGAAAUUGAUUUAUGGGAUUGAACCCAAAUCAGAACAUUAUGCGUGCAUGAUAGACCUUUUGGGUAAAAUUGGGCUUCUUGAAGAGGCAUUUGAAGUUGCAAAGGGUAUGCCAAUGGAAACAGAUGAGGCCGGUUGGGGUGCUCUUUUAAACGCUUGCAGAAUGUAUGGCAAUGUAGAGAUUGGUGAAUUUGCUGCAGAUAAGCUUGUACAGCUCAAUCCUCUGGACAGUGGAAUCUAUGUACUUAUGAGCCAAAUAUAUGCAAGUAAAAACAAAUGGGAUCAGGUGAAGAUUCUGAGGGUGCUGAUGAGAGAAAGAGGGGUAAAGAAGAACCCUGGCUGUAGUUCUAUUGAGGUGGAUGGAAAAUUCCAUGAGUUUUUGGUGGCCGAUGUUUCACAUGUUCAUUCAGAAGAUAUAUAUGCAGCAUUGAAGAAUAUUUAUUUCCAUUUGAAAUGGGAAGGUUAUGUUCCUCUAACUUGACACAAGUGUGGCAGUUCUUUGUUUCUUGUUCAUGCACCUCAUAAUAGCCAUGACUGUACAAAGAAAACGAAAACUUAGCAGCAGAUUACACUGUACAUAUUUAAAAGCUCAGCUCCUGUUGGACAGAUAUUUUUCAACGUCCUGCUGCUAUACGUUUGAUCAUUUAACGUGGCCUGAAAACAAGAUGGAUUCCCACUGUCCUAAAAUAACAGCUUACAUGGGCAGAAAAAGCAGGACAUUCUGAUUGUUAUGCAAUAGUCUCGGAUUGACCAGAUUUUUCAUGUGGAAGAUUAAGAAACUGUUCUGCUGUUAAGGAACUUGACAGAACCCUGAAUUUUCUUUUGGACAACAGACAAUGGUCAGCUAUAGAGAUUUUACUGGGCGAAACAUAUCCCUUCCAGUACCGGAAUUGCACUUUGGGAAAGGCCUUUCUCGACAUUAUAAGGCUGAUGAUAAGUUAAUCAACAGUCCACACUCUACAUUGAUCUUUUGCAAGAUUAUAUGUAAUUGGGUUUUGAUCACCCUGCAACCAGCACUUGAAUGGUCUCACUGCCUCCAACAAAUUUAUUUUGUGUCAAUUGUUUCAGGAAUUUACUAGUGCAGAUUGUUAUAUUCACUUGAAACGAAGUUUUUUCUUCUGAAACCGUUACUUACCGGGUUGCUGGUUGCUAUGGCCUAAGGUGCGACGUCGGGUCAAUUAGCAAAACGAGUCAGAGUCAGACAUCUAUGCAUUCCUGCUUCUACUUUGAAGACCUGUAUGGGCAUGGCUAGUUCGGCGCAGAUGUUUAUGAAUUAUAUUUUCCUAGUUGUUGAUGGAUAAGGAGUAGGUGCACAAUAAAUAACAUUAUCAUUGGAGAUAUCCACAAAAUAUUUACAAAAUCUUUCUGAGAUUGACAUUUCUAUAUAAAUAAGAUGGAUAAGAUGAUGAUAAACAGAUACCAAUUUUGGCAUGGCUUGCAA